AUGGACGAACGGGUAAACGGAAAGAUUGACGUAGUUACAGCAUUGAUGGGCAAACCUGACUCGAACGCAUCGAGAAGACGAGACAAAGUGAAUUAUCUUCACAUGAUGCAACCGGCUAUCGGCCGUACUCCUAUUCCUUACGCCAGAUUCGAGCGCUGGGACUGCACACAGUCCUCCCGCAUUCCGGCCUGUCAACAGAGCUACUGA